CAUGUCAACACCUCCAAAGAGCCCCAUAACCAAGGAUGAGCUGAUGCGUACAAACGUAGCCAUGCUCAUCCUGACCUCGUUAUUCAUUCUAUCGCGAGUGAUCCUCCAGAUCGUUAAACGCAGAGCCUUGGGAUUGCCUGACUUUUUCAUCUACUUCGCUUUUUUUCUGUUCGUUUCCAUGUGGACAUGCUACAUCGCCAUCAUUCCCACCAUGUUCAGAAUUUUCGGUGUGCUUGAUGGUGCCACCCGACCGUAUGCCACAAUGAUGGAUGACGCUGGGAUGCUUCUUCGGCAUAUAACAGCUGCUCAGAUGCUGUUCUAUACUCUUCUAUUUACUGUCAAGAUGUCUUUGUUGACACUGUACCGGAAGAUUUUGGUAGGGUUACCUGUAAUUUACGACAGAAUAUGGUGGGGUACCGUAGCGUUUUGCGUUCUGUCCUGGAUUGGAAGUAUUCUCACGAGCGUUUUCACGUGCAAUGACCUCAACGAAAAGUUCUCAAAAGGAAGAUGCGCUGGCACGCCAGAUGAGCAUCAGAGAAUCAUCUUUAGCCUCUAUUUUGCAUACUCGGUAGAUGUGGCCACUGACCUCGCAAUCAUGUUUCUCCCUCUAUUUCUCACAUGGAAGUUACAGAUGCCUAGAAAGAGAAAGUUUGGAAUCUUCAUACUAUUUGGUAGUGGCUUCGUUUGCAUAGCUUUCGCUACGCUCCGCGUCAUACAACUGGGCGUCGACCGUCGCGGUAAAACAACAAUACCAGAGCCUGAUUGGUUGUUGCUGUGGACGGUAGUGGAAUGCGCAAUGGCCGUCAUUAUUGGAUGUUCUCCUGCCUUUACAGGCAUGAUUCGUAAACGAAUCGUCACCAUACCGGGACCUGCAUACGAUAGGCAGGGCUACAUCAAACAAGGAUCUAAUGAAGUGGAGAUGGAGAUCAUGACCGGCUCUGCAAGUCAACAAAGACAUGUGACUCGGGAUCUGUACGAGGAGUAUUUUCACAACAGUCAGGAAGAGCUCACAAGGACCACUCAUAACAGCCAAGAAGAGCUUACAGGAACCACUGAAAACACCGUGGUUGUGCGUGCUGUUAGCUAA